GUAUAUUCUCAUACUGAAAGCAUCUGAAACCCCCUUCCAUCAGGUUACUUGCUUGAGUACCAGUUGCAUCGGCGGGCGUGGGCGAAGAAGAACAUGACGAUGGCGUGCGAGAGGUCUAUCCAGGGCGGCUGGGGUCUCGCGGAGGGCAAGUGGCUGUCGAAGGGGAAAAGGGGACUGGUAACUGCCUGUGGUAAUUUCGGAAAGAUCGUCCGCCUCGACGAAACCAUGAACCUCGAAACGAAGCUUCAAGAACGAGCCACCUCUCGCCUCGGGGAGAUGGCCGGUUUCUCCCUCACCGCCUGCGACGUGGAUGGCGACGGGCGGGACGAGGUGGUGGUGGCUGCUCCCUUCGGCCGAGUCCCAGGCACCUUCGGGGCCUAUGAGGAAGUGGGCAGGGUCACCGUCCUUGGAUCGGAGAAGCACACCCUACUCCACGGCCAGUCUGCAUUUGGUAGAUUCGGUAGCAGCGUCGCCUGUUUGGGAGAUAUCAACAAUGACUCCUUCAGCGACCUGGGCGUCGGCGCGUCCGAACACCCUGGCGGCGGCGCAGUCUUCGUCUUCCUUGGUUCGUCCAAUGGCCUCGUUUCUACUCCAUCUCAGAUCCUUCACGCCCCUCCGAACGUCACUGGCUUUGGCUUCAGCUUAGCCGGCGGUCGGGACAUCGAUGGUAACGGGUAUCCGGACGUGCUGGUCGGGGCGCCGCUGUCCGAUUCCGCUGUCACGUUUAGAACCGCCCCGGUGCCAAAGCUGCGCGUGGAGACCUUCCGCUUCGAGCCGCCCGCCGUCGACCUCCGUCAGAAGAACUGCGACGUCUUCGGCGAGAGAAAAAACUGCUUCCGUCUCCUGCUGGAGGUUCGCGACGAAGGAAGACCUCGAGAUAGCAGCUUCAAGUUACGUGUGAAGAUUGAUCUUGAUUCGGGCAAAAGAAGAAAACGGAUUUUCUUCAUUGACAGUCAAUCUCCCUUUGUCAAUGAGAGUGUUGAACCUGGAACGCAAAUUUAUGAGUUUGGUGUCUAUGCUGAGGACUUAGCAAACGAGAAGGACGCCAUACCAGGGCCCGUCGCCAAAGUGAACAUAUCGCUGGAACCUCCCAGCCUCGUAUCAAAAGGAGGUGUCACACCCGUAAUUGAAAAGCCUAUUACAAACAUCGCUUCACUGAGUCUCCAGUGUGGUAAUGAUACGAGUAACUGCGUCGCUCUUACUGAUAUUGCCCUCUCUGCUGAUGUGGGAGAAAUCAACUUCACAGUCGGCGAGGAAUACGUCCACGUCAAAUUCAAUAUAACAGUGCAAGGAGCCAGUGCCUACUACCCUUACAUCAACGUCAUGGAAACACUGGGCAUCAAAGUGCAAAUGGGGAGGUCUUAUAACACGCCGAUUUCGCUGGAUUGCUACAUGGGACACCGCUGUAGCUUCACCACGUCGAGGAUUAGGCCGGGGAAUGAGCUGAUGAUGCUAAGGUUUCGACAGGACGUGCAGCAACUCCUAAAUUUCAUGAACCAGACCUCGAGUGAGCCUCUUUGCAUUACCUGCGAGAUGGCGGUCCAGUGCGUCAACGACAAGAAUGCCUCCAAUGAUUUUUUGACCUUCAAGAUGUUCCCACAGCUUCGUCCUGCUCUGUCUCUGGUUGGAGAGAGUGACACUGAAUCCAUAAGCAUCAAAUCAGUGGAAGGAAAAGGAACGGCCAGAGAGGAGAAAAACACUAUAAGUUUCAUUAAUGGCAACAGCACAGUAACACAUACGUACACAGUAAGGAACGUCGGCCUCAUUCCUCUCCGGGAAAUUGCUAUAAACUGUUCAAGCAAGAUCACCGGAAUACAGGACACCAACCUGACACAGUACUUACUCUCCUUCGAUGCUCCAACUGUCGUGCCUGGUGGAAACAGGGCCUACUGUGAAUCCCCAUGCAGUUAUCAAGUACUCGAUUUGCCCGCUGAAAAGAUGAUGAAGAUUAUCCUAAAAUUUGAAAGCAGGGAAUAUAACCUACAGCACGGAAUGAAUCUGACCUCCACCUGCCGAGCCGAGGUCAUCUCACCCUCGGGAGCCUCCGUAGCGAGCGAUGUCAGUGACUUACACCAAACUGUGACCCUGAUGACUAAUGUUACCCUGAUAGUGAGCGAGAGCAACGCAGGACCUGCAGCCUGGGUCAUCGUGUUAGCUGUGUUGGGAGGCUGUUUACUCCUGGCGCUGUUGGUGCUGGCGUUGUACAAGCUUGGAUUCUUCAAACGAAAGUUGCCGCCAGCGCCACCACAAGGAGACUCCGAACCUAAACCAGGAACCGAGAGCAAAGUACAGGAAAUAUCAUAGGAAGACAAGAAACAAAACUCUCCCCACUGCAGGCCUAUCCAUGGACUUCAAAUUGGACAGGAAUGUAUAACAGUUGUCUCUGUCCUCUAGGCUCUCUAAACUGCCCUUGCAAAUGUUUAACAGUUCCUUUUAUCUUCUUUUAUUGACUUUUAGGUUACCAUAGCUACACUCACUGAAUUCUCUUCUUAACUAUGAUUUGUCAU